AUGUGGAGUUUCUCAAGAACAUGCACUUGGCCAAGUUUUCUCUUAUCACAUGGAAUCUACAAGGAGCUCACUUGCGAGUUCUUAGCUUCAAUGAGGUACCACAUGUAUGAAGAGGAAGAUAGAGCUGAUUUGGACCAAGGAUUGGGAUGGAUCACGUUCUUGGCUAAGGGAGAGAAGAGAAUGGUGACCUUUAGGCAGCUUGGAAUCUUGUUUGGGUUCAACUAUGGAGAAGGUACCAAGUGGAACUUCAAGGAAAAGGAACUCCAAAGGGUUUGGGCUACAAUCGCUGAUGGAGUGUACUCUUCCUCAAGGUCCAAGGCUGCUCAGAUCAGGAGCCCAGUGCUUGAGGUAUGUGCACAAGGCACUUGCCAACACCUUCUUUGCAAGGAAGGCCACCGGGACCAAUCAACGAGGGAACUCAAGUUUCUUGACAUGGGAAUCAAGCCCAUUCUCUCACGCACAAGCGAUGGCAAGAGGAUCAGAGGGGAGAUAGAUCACACAGGGAACUUGAUGCCUUUCCUUGACAUCUCCUUACCUACAAGAUCACAGCCUACAACACUAGACAUCAACGAGGGAGGCGCUAAGUGUUGGAGGGCUCAUCACCCUAUCUUGUGUGCUGCUGGAGUGAACCCAACUGAUAGAGAGCCACUGAACCAGGUUGGAUGGACAUCAAGUUUUGCAAGACCAACCUUCUCAUUGAGCACAAGGAGUUGGAUGGGAGGUUCCAAUUCAAGUUCACACAUCCAUUGGCUGGACCUCCAAGCUUCUCCUGCCUAA